AUGGAGGGGGAUAUAGGCGCAAUUCUAACGCUACUGCUAGCGCUCUUGCCGCUCGUUGCUUUGGCUGCUGAAGCGCGCCGCCAAUGUCGACACCGCGUCCGGCUAGACUGGAAGGCACACGGAGGGCUACUAGUGGAUGAGGGUCAGUUCCAGAAGUGCUAUAAGAUGUCUUAUGAGUCAUUUAUGGCGCUUGCUACGAAGUUGGAUCCAUAUCUACGUGUUGACGAAAAACAGUCUAGCAACAGGACUGGUGUUGAGCCGAUAAGCCCCGUUAACAAGCUGCACAUGUGCUUGCGUUGGCUUGGAGGCGGUUCGUACCACGACAUUCGGGUAACAAGUGGAGUUAGCGUGUCGGCCUUCUACGCCAGCAUCCAUGAAGUUGUGGAUGCAAUAGUCGACCAUCCAGAUCUACAGCUACAGUUCCCUUCAACCAUAGCUACUCAACGUUACGCUGCAAAGCACUUUGAAAAUCUCAGCAGCUCUCGUGUAAUGAAAGGAUGCGUAGUAGCCAUCGACGGCUGGUUGUGCCCCAUACGGGUGCCGAAGAAGGACGAAGUUUCGAGAGUUCGCUCAUUUUUUUCGGGGCAUUAUCGACGUUAUGGUGUUAAUGUGCAAGCCUGUUGCGACCAUCUAAGUCGGUUUACAGCCGUGGCAUGCUCUAGUCCCGGUGGAACUGGAGAUGCGGUUGCGUUUCUAAAGUGGAGACUAUCUAGCGUCGUUAGUAAGUUUCCUGCCGGAUUGUACGUGGUUGCAGAUAACGCUUACACUAACACCAACCAGCUCUUGACCCCGUUUCCUCGACCAAGAAUAUCAACUACGUUCCAUGACAGCUACAAUUUUCACUUGAGCCAGCUGCGAAUUAGAAUUGAGAUGGUCUUUGGUCUACUGGUGAGUAAGUGGAGAGUUUUCAAUGCGCCGAUGGAAAUCGCCUUUAACAGAGUGUCUUGCACAGUAUUGGCUGCGUGCAUCUUACACAAUUGGUGUAUCAACCGGCGGCUUCAAGAAGAUAUAUUCUAUCGAGUAGAUAACGAUGAGGACUUAGCGGAGGCGUUGGACGCAACAGUGGAAUCGAACGAUGCAUCAAGAGAUGUUACUGUUGCUACGCAAGAUACUUCAAGGUAUCGUCAGCUGUACGACUCCUCUGACUUACUUGUCGACACGGACACCUAUAAUUCUUCGGAGUGGAUUAGAGGUGCUGUUGUCGAUCUUCUUGAACGUGAUACCAUUUUGCGCCCGCAAUUAAAUCAGGCCAGACGACGCAGAGAAACACAGGAGCAGUGA